UUGGGAGCUGUAAGAUCACUAAGAUGAACAUGCGUGCUCUAGUGCAGCACGUGAUGAUACCAAGUGGGCGUGCUCCAAACCCCUAGUCGAUCUGCCUCCUCUUCUUUUCUUCUCCUCUCUCUCUCUAUGUCGGACUCGGAUUCUAUGCUUAAAAUAAUUAUCUUGAAUUUUACUGAGAUAUAGAUUUAAAGAGGAGGAUUGUACGUGAGGUCAGUGGCGGAAGCAGGAUAGUCACCGCUCCGCACCUCCGGUCUGCUCACAGUCGCCGGCUCGCCGCACUUCCGCAGCUCCGAUCUGCAGCUCUUCCUCAGUUCGGCUUCCACUAAUUAGCUAUCCCCAAGUAAGAUUUCAGGCCGUUCCGUGCAUUCAGAUUGGAGUAUGGAGAUUUGGUUGAAAUAAUUGGUUACUGGCAUCUGGGUUUAUGAAAUUUCAGAUGAGACUAUGACUCUAUGAGAGAGACUGAGAGUUACGCCUGGCUGAGGAUGAAGAACAAGGUCGCCUGACUGAGAGUUGGACGGGUCGAUCUAAAACCGAUUAAUUGACCAAAAGAGCACAAAGAUUAAUCGGCCAAAAGAACACGUACAGCGGAGCAGACAUUCUCUGAUACCAAGUUUCUUCUCCACCAAUCAAGUCCUAUUACAAAAAUAUUAUUACAAAAGAAUAUUCCUAAUAUAAUGGCACGAUUUAAGCCAGCAUUGUCGGCCAUCCAGGGUUGUGGGCCAUCUUACCUUUGUCGGUAUGACAAUAACGCCUCUUUCUUCUCCUCGCUCGUUCUAAAGCGCCAUUAUUACGGUUUUCCUUGUUUUUCAAAGCCUUAGGGUUUUGCUUUUUUAUGUCAUAGCAAAAGCAGUGACCAUGGAGAAGAUAGCAUCCGAUUUGAAAGUAUCGGAGUUGAAGCAGAGGAGUCUAGGCAAGGCGUACGAGACCUUGCAUUCCCAAGCGUCUUCCAUACUCGUUCUCAGCAUUCAAUGGAAGGACCUCCAGGAACACUUCGAUUCGACCCGGAAUGCUAUCCGGACUCGUUUCGAAGAGCUUCAGGAACGAGAGAAGCAGUUGGAAGCCAAGGAGUCAAACUUGAAGUCGGAGAUGGAAUCCAAGAAGGACGAGUUGUUUGGAGUUGAGAAGCUGAUUGAUGAGAAAGUACAGGAGGUUAUAGACAUAAAGAGAUCGAUUCAAAAGCACAGUGAGGAGAUUGAACGUGAAGAGAAGAGAGUCUUGCAAAUACGGAAAUUGGUUAUAGACAAGGAGAGGGAGUGUAGAUUGAUCCAAAGACGGAUUCAAGAGAGUGGGAAGAAACUGAGUUGGGUUGAGAGAAGAACUGAAGAGAAAUUGAAUGAGGUUGAGUGUAAGGAGAAGGAGCUGAACAAGUACCGUGAGGAUGCUAAGUUGAAAGUGGAGCAGCUAAGUGUGAUUGAUGGGGCAAUUGUGGAGCGUAACGAAAUCAUCGAGUCAAAAGAGGAGAAAUUGAGUUGGAUUGAGAAGAGUAUUGAAGAGAAGUCCAAGUUGGCCAACUCUAAGGAGGAGGAAGUGAGAGCGAUACAACGGUCGUUGAAUGUAUACCGUGAGAGUAUUAAGUCAAAAGAGAGUGACUUAGAUGCGAUUCUUGAGUCGAUUGAAGGGGAGAAGAAAGAAUUUGAUGUGAAAGAAGAGCAAAUUAAAACGUUGCAGAGAUUGAUUGAGGGAUGUGAGAAAGAGCUCAAAUUGAAAGAGGAGACAUUGAAGGAGGAAACACUGAAAGUGAAAGAAUACAGUUUGCGAAAUAGACAAAUGGAGGAGUGGUCCUGCAGGCUUGAACUUAAAGAGAGGGAAGUUGAAUUGAAAGAGAAACGAUUAGAGUCAAAAAUGGAGGAAUUUAAAAAAUGGGUUGAAGAACGAGGAAAGGAUUUGAAUUCACUCUCCUCGGAACUGAAAGUUAAAGAGUGUCAACUUGAACAGGCGGCCAAAGAGCUUGAGUUGACUAAGAAACAAUGUGGUGUUGUUGCUCAAGUGAAGAUUGGGCCAUUGGAAAAGACUCCAGAGAACGAUGCCAUUGUUUCUUCAUCUGCAAGUGAUCAAUCCAACAUCAAUAUUACCGACGGUAGAAGUUUGCAGUUGUUCAUGUAUGAGCAUAUGAAGAGAAAUGAUUCAAUAAGCAACAAGAUCUCAUCCUUUCUCCAACAAAAGGCAUCAGAACCAGCAAAAUUGGUUUUGGAUGCAAUGCAAGGGUUUUACACUUCAAAUUUGACUGUCGAGAACGAGUUUGAUUUGGUGCUUAUUAGAAGGACAUGCAUUCUUUUGUUGGAAGAAUUAAAGAGAGUCUCACCCCAAACUAAUCCAGAGGUCAGAGAAGAAGCAAUGAAGUUGGCCACUGAUUGGAAGGCUAAGAUGAAAGUGGGGAGUGAGAACUGGUUGGAGAUUUUGGGUUUUUUGCGGCUUGUUACUACUUAUGGAUUGACCUCUGCUUAUAAUGAGAAGGAGCUUCACAGUCUUCUUGAUAUAGUUGCUCAGCAUGAACAAGCAACAGAAUUAUCACGGGCCCUUGCUACCACAGAUAAGGCACAUGCAAAUAGCAACAUCUGUUCUCCUAUGAAAAUUGAAAAAACAAAAUCUCCAGUAGCCCAAAAUGAAGCAACCAUCUCUUCUCCAAAUCUUCAGCAAGCUGCCACCACUAUUGACGCAAGGAACUUGCAGGGGUUUCAAAAUGAGCAGUUUCGUGAAGCCUGUGAUUCUGCUGAUUCUGCUUGGAAAAGUAUUAUUUAUGAUCUUAUUGGAAAGAAGAGACUGAUUGCGGCUGUUGGGUUGAUUUACACCAUGAAGUUAUUUGACAAGUUUCCCCCAGUACAAAUCUUAAAAGAAUAUGUUGAUAAUGGAAAGAGGUGCUGCAGGAAUAGAACCAAGAGAAAGAAUUCUCUGGAUGAAAAGGAUAUGAUUACAGACCAGCAUAUAGCAGAUCUACGAGUUGUUAUUCAAUGUAUCAAAGAUUACAACCUCGAGUCUGAAUGUCCACCUGAAGAAAUUGAAUCACAAAUUGCUGCGCUUGAAAUUGUUAAGGAGCGGAGACGUUUAGCGUUAUCUUCUCUUGUUUUGAAGGUUGAACAACAGCAAAAGGUGCUGAAAAAUGUUGAAGUACAAGAACAACAAGAGCAGAAAGCCUCCAAGGGUGAACAACAAGAACAGCAAAAAGAACAGAGAACCUCUGAGGCUAAACUACAAGAAAAAGUACAGCAGAAAGCCUCCAAUAAGGUUGAAGAACAACAACAGCAACAAGAGAAAAACGCCUCCAAGGUUAAACAGCAAGAACAACAAGAGCAGAAAGCCUUCAAAGUUAAACAAUUGCAGAAAAAACGGAAUAAACGUCCAAACAGCACAUUUGCCCCCUGGUUUGAUCACCAACAGCAGUGUAAAAAUAAAUUUCAAAGAACAUCUAUAUUAGCUGAUAGACACCCGGACCACCCUGACUAUCCGAAUCCAAGUUCAUCAACUUGGACACAUGAAAGAAAUGGAUACCGUGACCAGUUUGGUACUGCCGUCAACAAGUAUGGAAGUUCAUGCUAAUUAUGGACAUCCUGUGCAGUUUGGUACUCCUGCCGAUGGUAGCGCUAUUUAUGCAUACGGUGGGCAAAUCUCGGAAUAAAUCAAUCAUAUCCCCGCCCUCCUGGUCUCACUUGCUAAUUAACCGUGAAGUGCUAAUGUAUAGAUGGCACCAUACGGUACAGUUUUGUAGGUUGCCUGCAUUGUUCCCUCUAUAAUCUAUUCUAGAUUGGUUUUCCUACUGAAAGUUUCAAUUUGAAAAAGAAAAAAAAAACAUUCAUUAUAUUACUUUGAUGUACAGCAGAAUAUUUUAACUCUUUAACAUUUUUGGCCGUUUGUACUACGGACAUGGAAAUUGCAGAUGCACGUAUUUCUG